GGUUCCGCAAUUGCGUCACACCAUCCACACGGCGCCUCUGACCACAUUUCGGACCAAGUAUAAAUUGGCUCUAACAUUUUAAAAUGCCAGUUGUCAGAUGAGCAGCGAGCACAGCGCGAACGGUAGCAGCUGGCCAGAGGACAUCAAAGCGCAGCGCACAGCUCUGAUCUGUACAAGAGGAGGAUGCGAGUCUUCGCUAUCAUCUGGGCCAUUGGGUUCAUCUUGAAGGAAGCGCAAGCCUGGGGCUUCAGAAAUGGAAUAUUUCAUAACUCCAUAUGGCUGGAGCAAGCCGCCGGAGUCUACCACAGGGAAUCGCGUAAAGGGAGAUACCAGCUGACUUAUAAGGAAGCCAAGGCCGUGUGCAAAUACGAAGGAGGGACACUGGCCACUUACGAUCAACUGGAGGCUGCUCGUCAGAUAGGUUUACAUGUGUGUGCGGCUGGAUGGUAUGACAAAGGACGUGUGGGCUACCCUAUCGUCAAAGCCGGUGCCAACUGUGGUUUCGGCAGGGUUGGCAUCAUCAACUAUGGGUACAGGUUGAACAAGAGUGAGAGAUGGGACGUCUACUGCUACAACCCCAACUCAAAGGAGUGUGGAGGUACUCUGACAGAUCAGCAAAGGAUCAUCCAGUCACCCGGUUACCCAGAGGAGUACCAGGAUGAGCAGAUCUGCUACUGGCACAUCCGCGUGCGCUACGGACAGAGGAUACGCCUGCACUUCCUGGAAUUUGAUGUGGAGGAGGACACGGCCUGUCUAGCAGACUUUUUAGAGAUCUAUGACAGUUAUGAUGACAUCUCUGGCUUCGCCGGGAGGUACUGUGGAGAUUAUUUACCAGAUGACCUCAUAAGCACAGGGAAUGUGAUGACACUAAAGUUCCUGUCCGAUGCAUCUGUAGUCGCAGGAGGCUUCCAGAUGGAGUACAUUGCUGUGAACGCUUCUCUCCUCCACUUCCAGAAUGACACCAGCUGUUGCUUCACCUGACCAAUGUUUAUGUAUUUUUUCAGUAUGAUAUGAGUUUCCAUAAGCCACAUCACUUGCACUAUGCAGUAUAACAAAAAUAAUUACUGACAAAUUUGAAUUACAAAAAUCAACAAUACAAUAUACUGCGCUAGGCAGUAGGCACUGCGAGCCCCGGGAGUGACGCGGUGCCUGGUGUGAUUGGUUGAGAUUUCACAACGCAGUGGACCGCUCACGUCCCCCACCCCUACAGCACUGGUUGUGCUGUGUUCAAAACAACUGGGAACUCUGAAAAAACUCUGAAAAAUCUUUUUUUUUUAAGUUCCCAGUUGUCUUGAAACGCACCAAUAGAUGUCAUUUGCGUCACUAAGCAAAACCCCUGUCACUCAGUCAGAGAGUCUGGAUGUUUGGAACGAGCAGGUUGAGGCAAUAGGGAAUGAGGUGGAUAGGGCAGAACAACCAGAAAGUCAGUCUAGCAGCAGAAGAGUUAGCCACAGGUUUGUGGAGUGUUGGUGGUAGCUAACUACACUGAACAAAAAUAUCAACUCCACAUCAAAUCAAAUUAUUUCACCUUACAGUGAAAUGCUUACUUAC